AUGAUGAAACUUCUCUAUCAUCGAGAUACAUCUUUAACUUCAUUUAAUAUUAUAAAUUAUCUUUUUCGCUCAUCAUCAACAACAGAUAACAAUUCUAGUAAUGCUUAUUAUUCUCGUCCAGCGGAAUUUAAUAUUCCAGAUCCAUUACUAUUAGGUGUUGCUGUUAUUGAUGCAUCAAUUCUUCUUUAUGGUACAAUGUUUAUUCGUGUACCAAAUAAACAUCGUUUAAAUAUGUUACAACAUUUUAUUGAUAUUAUUAAACAAUCGAAAGAUGCACGACAAGAAGCUGUACAAGUUAAUAUAUUUACAGCUGUUUUAACAGCAUUAAUAACAUUAACAGAAACGAAACAAUCAUCAUCGAUGGAUGAUGAAAAUGUUAAAAAUCUGCCUAUACACUUGUUACGCAAACAUUAA